AUGCGGGCCUUACUGAUCAUUCCGGCUCUCUGCGGAGUAUUAUUAACUUAUAACACAGGAUUGAACAACGCGGUCGUAUUUAAGUUUACGAACGUUAUUUGUGAGAGCUACAACACAUCUUGGUUUGUGUUUCACAACUGUCGCUUAAAGGCUGUGAGUCGAAACAAAGUGCUUCUUAAUAUCAACGGAACGGUCUUACACCCAGCUUAUGAUAUAACCCUUCAUGCACAAAUGUUUAAGAGGGCCAAUGGCUACAAACCGUGGCUAUUUGACCUAAAAUUCGAUGGGUGUCAAUACAUGCGACACCGUUCCAUUCCAUUUGCAAACCUUGUCUUCGGUCUUUUUAAGGAAUUUUCAAAUUUUAACCACACAUGCCCCUAUAUGGGUUCACAGAUCGUAAAGGACUUUUAUCUGAGGUACAAACUACUACGGCUUCCGUUUCCAACUGGCGAUUACAUGUUGACUGUGCGGUGGUUUUUUGAUCAAAAAAUGCAAUUUGAUACAAAUGUCAGUUUUAUGUUUGUCGAAGAUAUUCUCCGAAACAAUUAA